AUGGCGGAUUUAUUCAUAACGUUCCACGAGACCUACAACGGCAAUAUCAACUGUAUCAUCAAAGGUACACAGCAACAAGAGAUCGCAAUCAUUAAAGCCGUUAUGAUACUCGCUGAUAUCUUUCAGUUGCAGAGUGAUACAAGUGUAAUUUGUCAGACAGUGCUGAAUUUGCGUUCAUCGUUACGUUCGAAUAUAAUCGGAGAAGAUAAACGAGAAAGAUUGGAGCUGCUGGCACAGCAAACCGUUACGAAUAUACAGUGCACCGCGAAUGGAGCCGACGGAGUUUCAGUGAUUAUUUCGGGUCCAAUCAGCGGUGUUGUUAUCGCUAGAAAAUAUAUCAUUGUA